AUGAUGAGUGUCGUUAAGGGGUUACUAGAAGCAUGUUGCCACUUUCACCUCAUUGCAGACGGAGCAUGUAAAAAAUAUCCACCUGAUGCAAAAGCACGUUUCGGAAGAGCUUUUCAAUCUAAAUUGAGCGUUUUAUUACUCAGCGAGAACCAGAUCUCGGGAGCCCAACUACAAGCCAUGUAUGAUGAGGUAUUAAAUUACUACAAUGAGCACAAUCUGAACGAAAUGUGGCUUUCUGAUGAGAAUGAUGAUAACGAAGUUAAACCACCAGUUAUUAAAAAAAUGCAUACAGACGUUGGACUCUCGCGUUUUAAGGGCACUAAUGACGAGAAGGAAAAACAAAAGCCAGCAUUGACUACGAGUUCUCCAACUGCCAGUGCUACCACUACUGUGCCAUUCUCAAACCUAGAACUAAGCGAUGAUUCAGAGGAUGACCCGGGUCCGAAACCCCUGUCGUCUGUUCAAAAAAAUGUUAAGCUGUGCAGUGUCUGUGGUGAGUCGAGCAGCGGUGAUGGAAACGCCAAUCUACUCCUUGACUGCGAUGAAUGCAAGAAUUCUGUGCAUAUUAAAUGCAAUAAAUCGGAGGUAACGAUGCAGCAGGCUUUAGACUCUCGUUUCGUAUUCGUCUGUUCUGGUUGCAAGGAUCGCGAAAGCAAAAUCGACAGGUUCAGUUCUAAUGAAAGUGUUGGCUUAGGAAAAGCUACAGCUGGAAAAAGGGUAAGAUAUUUGAAAAGCCCUGACUUUUUUGUAGAGGGCUUGUAA